AUGUGCGUGAAGCGAGAGGGAGAAAUACCUGACUCUGUGACCUACUACCCUGCGAUGGAUUACGGGAUAGACUCUAAUAGAACCCUCGAACUACAAGAUCUGAUAGUUUUCACAGAUUAUGUUGGAAUCCCUCAAACUCCAUUAACAAGAUACUGCGCCAAUACUACAGGACUCAACCCUUGCAUGUUAACAGGCUGUUUCACUGAGGAGCAGCGGUGUAAUGGUAUAGCAGACUGUGAGGAUGGUUAUGAUGAGAGUAACUGUGGAGAUCAUUCAAGAAUUAAACAAGAGCUAACCUACAGAUACAGAUUAUCCAGAAUGAACAGAUUUGAUUCCUUCUAUGACAUUUCUGACGGUGACUGGGGUUGGAUAAACACUAAUAUUGAUGAAGAUCAUGAGGAGUUCAGAACACUUGAUGUUCCAGAGACAGCUGAAGAGUGGUUCUUCACAGCUUUCAGUGUGAGCAAGACCUAUGGAUUAUCCAUCUUAGAAGAAUUCGUUUCCUUCUCCUCCUACAGACCAAUCUGGUUAUAUUGUGAAGGUCCUGGUACAAUAAGACGAGGGGAAACUGUUGGGAUAAAAUGUACAGUGUUCAACUGGGGUGAACCUAAUGUGGAAUGUAUGCUGAAUCUUAGAGGGUCUGAUGAUUAUGAGUUUGUUCACGUGGAAGAGUUUGGUUAUGUUGUGAGCUACAAUCCACGAACUAGUAAAGGAGAUCAUCAUCAUCUUCUAUAUAUCAGAGGAGAUACAACAGAAGAUGUACAUUUUCCAAUCAAACCUAUGGUGCAACAAGGAACAAUAACUGUUACCGUAGAGCUUUCCACUCAAAUAGUUCAUCUUACUCAAGAAGUAGAAAUUGAAAUUAUUGGCGAGGGUAGCCUAGUACACAGACAUACAUCGGUUGUUCUAGAUCUUAAGAAUCGGGCAAACGAACUAGAGUUUAUGGAUAUUAUUGUGGAUGAAACGGAAAUUAUUCCUUACGAAAUAUACAGAAGAUACAUCUCAGGUAGUCCUAAGGGACUAAUGACUUUAUCUGGAGAUGUGAUUGGUCCAACAUUUAGUGGCGGGGAACCAGUUUCUCUCUACACGAUGUUCCCAACAGGACACGGAAAAUACGGAAAAGGAACAGAGUUCCAUUUGUUUAAUUUGGCGGCAAAUUCAUGGCAGCUUCAUUAUCAUAGACUGACAAAUCAGUGGCAAGAUUUGGAUCCGGGAGAAAGAAGCAGUAUCUUUCAAGCAAUGAAUUUAGAACUAGCGGCUGUUAUGAGACGAUACUCUACACAGGGCUAUCUCACAAUGUUUGAUUAUUCUCCCCCUUCAGUCUGGUUAACAGCCUGGUGUAUCAGAAUAUUCAAGGAUGUCGGGUUCCAGGAUUGGGAGGAUUAUAUUUACAUUGAUCCACAAAUAUAUGAAUCAUCAGUGCUUUGGCUGAUUAAUUUCCAGGAUGUUUCGGGAUUCUUCGUUGAGACUGAAUAUAUCCAGGUUCCUUUUUUGCUACACAUGGAUAGAAAAGAUAAAGCAACAAACUCUUCUAACCACGUGGCGCUCACUGCGCAUGUGCUGAUCGCCUUGCACAAUGCCGCGUCCAGACUUACAGGGCAUGUAACAAAAUACUGUAGCACAGCAAGACAAGCGGCAGUUCGAUAUUUAGAGCGUAAUCUAGACCAUCUCACAGAUCCUUACGAGAUGGCCAUUUCAGCGUAUGCACUUACUGUCACCCAAUCAUCAGAAUCUGAAGAAGCAUACAACAAGCUAUUCAGUAUGAGACGGGAAGAGGGUGGCAUGAGUUACUGGAGCAGAACAAGAAUUGAAACCAACAAGGUCCGUUAUCAGUUUAAUAGACCCUUUCUUGAACCUAAAGCAAAACAAGAGAACGAUGCUCUGGCUGUGGAAGCAACAGGAUAUGCUCUGCUGACUCUCUUCAGAAUGGAUGGGGGCGGAAUCACAUUUUUGCAAGACCAGAUUGUUAAAUGGUUGAACACAAUGCGCCUCGGAGUGGGAGGAUUUAUAUCAACAGUUGAUACAAUUAUAUCAAUGGAGGCUCUGGUUAGAUAUGCAUAUCAUAACAAUAUCAAGGACUUAUCGAAUAUGUAUGUAAACCUAGAUCUUCCAGAUUCAAACUUUACAAAAACUUUUCAUAUUCUUAGAGAAGGGAGGCUCAGCUGUAGAGAUUUACCUAUUUUCUUUCGUGUGAGUAGUGGUAUCGAAAUACCAAUUGAGAAUGUUUGGGGCCAUGUCAAUCUACGAGCUUGGGGAGCAGGACAAGCAGUGGCGCAGUUGGAUUUAACCUAUGGCAUAGAUUAUCCACCCCUAGUGGACAGUCCUCCAAAGCGCUGUUUUGAUUUAACAAUAAAGGAAACGUUUUCUGGUCGUAAUAAAUCUAAUAUCAUGUAUACAUCUUGCAUCAAAUGGACUUGUCUUGACGAUGGACCACAGUCAGGGUUCGCUAUGCUAGUUCUUGAUAUUCCUUCAGGUUACCUUCUUCUACAGCCUGAUGCAUUACAGAUUGUUAGAUCAAAAAAAAUACCUCAGUUGGUUGACGCUGAUAUGGAGAAAGAAGGGAAAACUAUUUGGUAUUUUGAUCAUAUUCCCGCCAAAACACAAUGCUUUGAUCAAACUAUUACACGAUAUUAUCCUGUAGCAAAUCUGUCUCGAACAAGACAAGCUCUCAUCAUUGAACCUCAGAGACCGGAGAAAUUCUUUAUCAGGACAUUUAACUCCACAGCUCUCUACAUCUUGAGUGUGUGUGAGGUCUGUGGGAGCUACCAGUGUCCUUACUGUCCGUACUACAGUGGAGGAGCUAAUUUUAUUAAUUUUUCUUUUAUACUCAGUACUAUCAUUCUUAUCCUUAGUUCAUUCAUUCAUACUUAGUACUAUCAUNG